AUGGAAAGAAGACUCCCCCCAUCACCCUACAAACUCAUAACAUGGAAACACUCAACCGCAUCCUGGGCAUCCACCUUCUCCCAGCACAUGUUCGACUGUAUAAACGACCCAAUGGGAAAAGGCUUCGAAGGCACCCUGCAAUACUUUCCAGACUACUGUAUCGAACUUCGAGAACACAUCACCAAAAUCAUCGAUGAAAUCAAUUCACACCCAUCUCUACUUGGCACGGGGUGUAAAUAUUACCCUAUAAAAAUCAAUGCUGUAGACGGGUCUGGAAGGUCUAUGGACCCGGGAAAUGGGAAAGCGAGGGCUUGGGUAUUGCUUAAACUGGCGAAUAUGUAUGAUAUAUUUCGGGAGGCGGGAGGCAAGGGAUAUGAGAAGAGCGAAGCUGAGGAGUUACGGAUAGCGAAAGAGGGUGGUGAUGCCCUACCGGGGUAUAGCGAAGGAGAGGGUUCGAAUUAUGCAUCAUUGUUCCAACGACCCUCGAAGAAUUGA